GCAGGGUGGCUCCUCAGAACAAGGGUGGUAGUCACCAGGCUCUGCCCAGCUGCCACAGGCCAGAUCCCUGCACCCCUUCUCAUGGCCAAAGAGACCUUCCCCUUCACCUCUUCCACACUGCGCUCCCUCCGCCUGCAGCGAGAGUGGCUGGAGUGGGAGGACCGGCGCCAGGCAGCGGCCCAGCGGUGCCGGAGUCAAAGGUGCUCCCCAAGCUCCAGGGCCCGACUCACUAGGCCACGCCGCUCGUGCCGAGCCCCAGCGGUCCACAAUGCCCUGUUCUCUGGCGACCUGCAACAGGUCCAAGCCUUGUUCCAGGAUGAAGAUGCUGCCAACAUGAUUGUGGAGACUGUGAGCAACCAGCUGGCCUGGUCUCCUGAACAGGGGUUCUGGGUGCUGACCCCCAAGACCAAGCAGACAGUGCCUCUCACUAUUGCUGCGGCCCGAGGUUAUACGGACUGCGCCCGCCACCUCAUCCAGCAGGGAGCUGAGCUGGAUGCCCGGGUUGGGGGCCGGGCAGCCUUGCACGAGGCAUGUGCCCAGGCCCAGGCGGACUGCGUGCGGCUGCUGCUGACCUUUGGCGCCAAGGCCAAUAUACUGUCUGAGGAAGGCACAACUCCCUUGCAUCUCUGCACAGCCCCUGGGUCCUUGCAGUGCGCUAAGCUGCUGUUGGAGGCUGGAGCUACGGUGAAUGCCGCUGCGAGGGACAGCGAGGUGACACCCCUGCACGUGGUGGCAGCGCGCGGCCUGGAGGAGCACGUGGCUCUCUACUUGGAGUACGGAGCCGAUGUGCGCCUGCGCACCAGCCAGGGUGAGACGGCCCUGAACGCGGCUUGUGCUGGGGCUGAAGGCCCGGGCAGCAGCCGGAAGCACCAGGCUGCGGUGUGCCAGCUCCUGGAGGCCGGGGCUGAUGCCCGCGUGGCCGGGCGCAAGCGCCACACGCCACUGCACAACGCCUGUGCCAAUGGCUGCGGGGCCCUGGCCGAGCUGCUGCUGCGCCACGGGGCCUGCGUCGGAGUGCCCAAUGCAGCAGGCCACACACCCAUGGACUGUGCGCUGCAGGCUGUCCAGGAUGCGCCUAACUGGGAGCCCGAGGUCCUCUUCGCGGCGCUGCUGGACUACGGGGCCCAGCCAGUGCACCCUGAGAUGCUGAAACACUGUGCCAACUUUCCGCGGGCCCUGGAAGUCCUGCUUAAUGCCUACCCUUGUGUGCCAUCCUGUGACACCUGGGUGGAAGCCGUACUCCCAGAGCUGUGGCAGGAGCAUGAAGCCUUCUAUAGCUCAGCCCUGAGCAUGGUGAACCAACCAAGACGGCUGCAGCACCUGGCCCGGCUGGCUGUGCGCGCUCAGUUGGGUGACCGCUGCCGACAGGCCGCUGCGCGCCUCCCGCUGCCCCAGCUCCUCAGGGACUACUUGCUGCUUCGUGUGGAGGGGCACAUCCAGUGAGCGCCACGCCAGGCUGCUCCCACAGCUUGUCCCGCUUUCCUCAUCCAUCGUAUCCCUCAGCCCCAGAGAACCAGUCGCUC